AUGGAUCGCGCUUUCGCAAAAAGACAAUAUUGCCUCGACCCCAUUGCAUCGUUACUGCUCCACUGCAACAUAGUUCCGCUCGAUGUUGAUUUAGCAUAUUGCGAUUCUUCAUCCGAACUUUCUGUGAACCAAUUCACUAUUUCCUAUUCGCCACUGUAUCUUUCCUAUGUGCUAGGAUUUCCCAUAGCGACCGCUGGAUUUCUCACGAUUGCUCCGCUGGGUGCUCAGCUUGUGAUCAAACUACUGACCGGUCUCGCCUCCGACCGUCUCAAUUGUCUGCCAGAGGUGGGAAAGUUGCGUCUGUUCAACUCCAUUGCACUUCUCGGCUCCGGGCUCUUCUUUAUUCUGCUGUCAGUGGUAUCACCAGUGGGUGGCGCGAUUGAUGUGAUUCUCAUCGUAAUCCCCAUUGCUCUAUUGGGAUUCUCUUCUGGUGGCUAUCCGAAAUGCGCUGUGAUGGUCUCUCAACAGCAUUCUCCAUUCGUCAUGUCUAUCGUACAGAUUGUCGCAUGCUGUUCGCUGCUCACCGGAUCGUUUGUGGUCCCAGCACUGACAAAAGACGACACCUUCGAGCAGUGGCGAAACGUAUUCCUCAUUUACGCGUUCGUGCUGACGCUGUCGAACACGAUCUUCAUCGCAUUUGCAAGAGCUGAGCCUGCUGAAUGGGUGACGAACCCCUCGAAAGCUCAAAUCAUGCCAGCAGACUGCAUUACAGUAACUACGAGCGGCUUGCCACAGUCCGAUAGUUCCACGCCAGAAGGACCGCGUUUGCAAGGGGCUGUGUGA